AUGUCUGUGAACGAUGUGGUGAUCAGUGGUAUGUCCGGUCGGUUCCCACUGUCGGACACCACCGACGAGUUGGCAAAGAAUCUGUUCGAUGGCACGGAUAUGAUCACCGGUGAUGACACGCGUUGGCCAAUAGAAUUAUACGACAUGUGCCCCCGAAUGGGCAAAAUAGUGGACUUCGACAGGUUUGACACCACAUUCUUUGGGCUCAUGAAGGACGUGGUCGAUGAGGUCGACCCACAGGCCCGUAUGCUUCUGGAGGUCACCUACGAAGCCAUUGUUGAUGCCGGUGUAAACCCACAGGAACUGAGGGGCAGCCAUACGGGUGUAUACGUAGGCGUAUCCAUAUAUGGCAUGAGUGAUGGGCUGCCGGACGACUUACAGCCCGAUUCGCGCAUCAAUUUACACGAAGUUAUGUUACAAACGAUGUCUAAUAUGAAGACUUUCUACGCCUCCCGCAUAUCAUUCGUGUUUGACUUCAGGGGGCCGUCACUGAUAGUGGACACCGCCUGCUCGGCCAGUGGGUCGGCCCUCACACUGGCUAUGAAUGACAUGAGGCUGGGUCACAUCGACAGCGCCGUCGUGUGCGGCACUCACAUGCUAUUCGAGCCAUACAUCUAUCAGUUUCAACAGGAGUUAGGCAUAUGCUCGCCGAGAGGUGUGUCGGCCGUAUUGGACAGGGAGGCGGACGGCUUCGUCAAGUCGGAGGCCGUGUGCGCACUGUUCCUACAGCGCCGACACACCUCCCGACGCCUAUACGCCACUGUAUUGUCCGCCCGUAUGAACAUCGACGGCAAUAAGACCAUAGGAAUGCUGUUCCCAUUGUCUGAGGCACAGGAGGAACUGAUGGUCGUGUCGUAUACCGACGCUAACGUAGACCCACUGAAGUUGACUUAUUUUGAGGCCCAUUGCACCGGCACUAAGAACUAUUAG